AUGGAUGUGGAAGGAGCAAAUGAAGGCAUUAUCGAGGGCCCACCGUUCAAGAAGCAAAUUGAGUUGAAGUCUCGAGGUGUGAAGCUGAUGCCCAGCAAACAUAACAGCCAGAAGACAUCUGUGUUAACUCAGGUUGGUGUGUCCCAAGGGCAUAAUAUGUGUCCAGACCCUGGCAUACCUGAAAGGGGCAAAAGACUAGGCUCGGAUUUCAGGUUAGGAUCCAGCGUCCAGUUCACCUGCAGCGAGGGCUAUGACCUGCAAGGGUCCAAGCGGAUCACCUGUAUGAAAGUGAGCGACAUGUUUGCGGCCUGGAGCGACCACAGGCCGGUCUGCAGAGCCCGCAUGUGUGAUGCCCACCUUCGAGGCCCCUCGGGCAUCAUUACCUCCCCCAAUUUCCCUAUUCAGUAUGACAACAAUGCACACUGUGUGUGGAUCAUCACAGCACUCAACCCUGCCAAGGUGAUCAAGCUGGCCUUUGAGGACUUUGACUUGGAGAGGGGCUACGACACCCUGACGGUCGGGGACGGCGGGCAGGACGGAGACCAGAAAACCGUUCUCUAUGUCCUGACAGGUACGUCGGUCCCAGAUCUCAUUGUCAGCACCAACCACCAAAUGUGGCUCUUGUUCCAAACCGAUAGCAGCGGCAGCUCCCUGGGAUUCAAGGCUUCUUAUGAAGAGAUCGAGCAGGGUAGCUGUGGCGAUCCCGGCAUCCCUGCCUACGGCCGGAGGGAAGGCUCCCGGUUCCGUCAUGGUGACACACUCAAGUUUGAGUGCCAGCCUGCCUUUGAGCUGGUGGGGCAGAAGGCAAUCACGUGCCAAAAGAAUAACCAGUGGUCGGCUAAGAAGCCAGGCUGUGUGUCCUUCCGACACAAUGAGUGCCCAGAUCCCGGCGUUCCAGUGAAUGGCAAACGGUUUGGUGACAGCCUCCAGCUGGGAAGCUCCAUCUCCUUCCUCUGUGAUGAAGGCUUCCUCGGGACUCAGGGCUCGGAGACCAUCACCUGCAUCCUGAAGGAGGGCAGCGUGGUCUGGAACAGCGCCGUGCUGCGGUGUGAAGCUCCCUGUGGUGGUCAUCUGACUUCGCCCAGUGGCACCAUCCUGUCUCCGGGCUGGCCUGGCUUCUACAAGGAUGCCCUCAGCUGUGCCUGGGUGAUUGAAGCCCAACCAGGCUACCCCAUCAAAAUCACCUUCGACAGAUUUAAAACAGAGGUCAACUAUGAUACUCUGGAAGUUCGAGAUGGACGGACAUACUCAGCGCCCUUGAUCGGGGUUUACCAUGGGACCCAGGUCCCCCAGUUCCUCAUCAGCACCAGCAACUACCUCUACCUCCUCUUCUCUACCGACAAGAGUCACUCGGACAUCGGCUUCCAGCUCCGCUAUGAGACUAUAACCCUGCAGUCAGACCACUGUCUGGAUCCAGGGAUCCCCGUAAAUGGGCAGCGCCAUGGGAAUGACUUCUACGUGGGCGCUCUAGUGACCUUCAGCUGUGACUCAGGCUACACGUUAAGUGAUGGGGAGCCCCUGGAGUGUGAGCCUAACUUCCAGUGGAGCCGGGCCCUGCCUAGCUGUGAAGCACUCUGCGGUGGCUUUAUUCAAGGCUCUAGUGGGACCAUCUUGUCACCAGGGUUUCCUGACUUCUACCCCAACAACUUGAACUGCACCUGGAUUAUUGAAACAUCCCAUGGCAAGGGUGAGUGGUUAGGCCUGGAGCAAGUCUACGACGGCAACAACAACUCCGCCCGUUUGCUGGGGGUGUUCAGCCAUUCGGAGAUGAUGGGGGUGACUUUGAACAGCACAUCCAGCAGUCUGUGGCUUGAUUUCAUCACUGACGCUGAGAACACCAGCAAGGGCUUUGAGCUGCAAUUUUCCAGUUUUGAACUCAUCAAGUGUGAGGAUCCAGGAACUCCCCAGUUUGGCUACAAGGUUCAGGAUGGAGGCCAUUUUGCAGGAAGCUCUGUGUCCUUCAGCUGUGACCCUGGAUACAGCCUGCGGGGCAGUGAGGAGCUGCUGUGUCUGAGUGGGGAGCGCAGGACCUGGGACCGGCCUCUCCCCACCUGUGUCGCUGAGUGUGGAGGGACAGUGAAAGGAGAAGUGUCGGGGCAGGUGCUAUCACCCGGGUAUCCGGCUCCCUAUGAACACAAUCUCAACUGCAUCUGGACCAUCGAGGCUGAUGCUGGUUGCACCAUCGG